CCUUUUAAUUAGACAUGGCUGUGAUUUGAGGAGACAGGAGUUCAAAACCAUCCUCUACUUCAUAGCAAGUUCAAAGCAAACCUGAGAAUUUGACCCAAACACCCACCGUGCACACACAAACAUGAAGAGUCACCUUUUGUUUAUUUGUUUACUUAUUUUGAGAAGUUCUGGAGGGCCUGAGCUCUAUUGAUCGCCCGCCUCAGUGCCUGAAGUAACUUCACCUUACAAGUUCUGCUCACAGCCUUUCUUUCCCCCCAGGCUUCGCAGAGGAAGAACUCUAACCUUUGUCCCCAGGCCUGGCAGCUUGUCUGGUUAACGAUCUCCUAAAAGGAGCAAAGGAACAGACAUCUCUCUCUCCAAACAACCUAGUCUCUCCUCACAUCCCCCGCUCUGUACUGUCACUGUAGACACACUGGAACACUCUGCCAAGUUCCACCUGUACUGGGUUCAUUUUUCUGGUCAGAUAUUUAGCUGCUCUAUCUUUAGCAAAAAGGAGUUAUGCCAGCCAGAGGCACACUCCUCCCAGGGUCCCUGGUGGCCAGGACAGAACUGGGACCACUAAUGUCGAGAACCUGAACACCAUAUGUGUCCUUCAAGGAGCACUUCCUCCAGCAAUGACUUCCUCCUUGGUCCUGGUUUUUUUGUUGCUGACUCCAGGCACCGUGGCCAACCUCCAAACUGAUGGUCCAUGUCCAGCGUGUUGGGGAGCCGCCUUCGACCUGGAGAGCCAGCGGGAGCUGCUUCUCAGUUUGGCCAAGAAGAGCAUCCUGAACAAGCUGCACCUCAGCCAGCGCCCCACACUGAGUCGGCCUGUGUCCAGAGCGGCUCUGAAGACCGCACUGCAGCGCCUCCAUGGGCCUCGUCGACAGGAAACCGUGCUGGAGCAUGACCCGACACAAGAAUAUGAGAUCAUCAGCUUUGCUGAGACAGGCCUCUCCAGCGUCAACCAGACUCGUCUUGAUUUCCACUUCCCCGACAGAACUGCUGGUGGCUUGGAGGUCCAACAGGCCCACCUCAUGUUCUUUGUGCAACUCCCUUCCAAUGCCACUCAGACCAUGAAUAUGCGAGUCCUUGUGCUAAGGCAAUAUGACACCAACCUCACCUUGACAAGUCAGUACCCGCUGCAGGUGGAUGCCAGUGGCUGGCACCAGCUUCUCCUGGGGCCUGAAGCUCAGGCUGCUUGCAGCCAGGGGCACCUGACUCUGGAGCUGGUAACUGAAAGCCAGGCAGCCCACCGUUCAGUCAUCCUGGGUGGGUUUUCUCACAGACCGUUUGUGGCAGCCCGGGUAAGAGCCGGACACAAGCGUCGGGUUCACCGACGAGGCAUCAACUGCCAGGGAGGGUCCAGGAUGUGCUGUCGACAAGAGUUCUUUGUAGACUUCCGUGAGAUUGGCUGGCAUGACUGGAUCAUCCAGCCUGAAGGCUAUGCCAUGAACUUCUGUACUGGGCAGUGCCCGCUACAUGUGGCAGGCAUGCCUGGCAUCUCUGCCUCCUUUCACACCGCAGUGUUCAAUCUACUCAAAGCCAACACAGCUGCUGGCACCACCAUAGGGGGCUCAUGCUGUGUGCCCACAGCUCGGCGUCCUCUGUCUUUGCUCUACUAUGACAGGGACAGCAACAUUGUCAAAACGGACAUACCUGACAUGGUGGUAGAGGCCUGUGGAUGCAGUUAGCUUAUGUGUGAUAUAGGCAGCCUCAGGUAGAGCAGGGAAACGCAUCUUACAAAGAAGGCCUUCCUCAAAAGGAGGGCGUGACUAUGUUCCCUCCUCUGUCCACAUAACCACCUUUUCUAAGCAUGCAGACCACCCUCUGUUGACUCCAGGAGACUUACAUCUAAAGAGAGACACCCAUGACCACCUCUUUCUUGGGACAUGGUUGAUCACACCCCUCAUUCCCAACCUUCAUCCAAGGGCUAAUCCACCGCCAACCACAAGCAACAUCGUUUGGUUCCCAGCAAAGUUACUCCUUGCUCACCCUUAACCAAUGAUGUCAUUUACUCUGCUUCCUGCCCUGCCAAGUAAUGGCUCCCACUCCAUGAUGACAUGCCCUAGCAUCUUCCCUUGAAGUCUCUGGUGCUCCAAAGAACCCCUUCCUUGGGUUGACCAGAUGGCUGUUUUCCAAAGUGAGACCCUUGCCCAAACGCUCUACUAAUACUGUUUGUGUAGCCUCCAGUGUUCUGUCUUCCUCUGCCUGUGAAGGCUGUUGCCCCAGGGCCACAUCAUCCGAGCUCUCCUAUCUUCUAGCUUCCAGCUGAAUUUGACCAAAGGGAGACUCGGGUUAGAGACUAGAGGCUGGGGAGUUACAAGGUCAGAAAACUACAUCAUGCACAAGGUCUCACACCUAUAAUCCCAACACUUAAGGUGCUUCCUACAGGUUGAGGUCAGCUAGUUCUUAGGCUAGCCUGGGCUACACUGUUAAGACCUUGUUGUAUCAUGAAUAAUAAAAACCCAGAGACAGAUAUUGGGGUUCAAGCUGAAGAUCAGAGAAGCAAAGUGGCCAGCCAACUAGCUCUUACCUCUACCUCAGAUUUUGGGAGUGGGGUGAUCCUAGCUCCACAAAUCCUUAGCAUGGCUGGAGACUGAAUCUCCUAGAACUGAAUCUCACAUGAGACCCUUUGCUUCUUCCUUAUCUACCUCUCCAGUGCUGGGAUUAAAGG